AUGUAUUCAUUAAGAGAAAUUGAAAAUGAAUUCUUUGAAAUUUUAGAAAAUAAAAAGAAAGUGAAUAAUCUUGAAUUAGAUGAUCUAAUUAUAUAACUUAGAAUGUUUUUUUAAUUUUUGGAUAUUAAGUAGAGAAAACAUAACAUUCCCAUUAAUUUUAUUCAAUAGUUAGUUGAUCCUGAAAAGAAUCUUAACCAAAUAAUAAACACACUGCCUUAUUGGUAAAAGGUUAUAAUAUAAAUUAUAAAACAAAUUUUACUCAAGGAAUAAUUUAUAUUGAAGGCAACCAAUAAAGAAGAAAUUGAAAAUUUGAUCUUCCCUACUCAUGAAGAAUAUAAUAAUUCGAGAAUAUUAAUUGGACCAACCAUAUUUGGAUUAAAAAAUGGCAAUUUUUUAUAUAUAAUUGAUGGAGUUGAAAAAUAGGGAGGAGAAAUGAGGAUGGGUAAAAAGAUAGGACUUUGGAAAGAAUAUGGAAUAUUAGGAGAAGACUUUAUAAACUAAAUCUCUUUGAAAAUCCAAUAUGAUUAAGGAAUUAUUAGUUAUAUAAAGGAUGGAGAAAUAUUAAAACAAUGUAAUUAAAUUAAUCAUGUUUUGUUGAGAAAUAUCUAAUAAAUCAAAUAUUUUGGUUGGCAUGGAAAUUAUAAUAAUGGUAAGAAAUCUGGAAAGUUUUAAAUUAUUUGGAAAGGCUAAAAUUUGAAUAUUGGUGGGGAAUAUAAUGAUAAAGGUGAAAAGUUUGGUUCAUGGACUGAGUUAUUCGAAAAUUAUGGGGAUAAAUCCCAAGUUUAUUAUAUUGGGCAAUAUUAGGAUGGGAAAAAGUGUGGCUCAUGGACUCUAUAGUACGACGAAAAUUUGAAAACAGUUACUUUGUAUGUGUAAUAUUCUAAAAGGCCUUAGGGAAAGGACAACGAAAAAAGAUUGAAAGGAUGGA